AUGCUCGUCUGCCCGACGGCCCAAUCAAAUUCGCAACUCCUAAGAGUGGAAGGGGAACAACACACGCAGCUCAACCUCAUCCAAGAUCUCUAUUUUGCCGUCCGAUCCGGGAGGGUGGAGUUGGUGCGCCACCUCCUCAUCAAUCAACGAGUCAACCCGAAAAUAAACCUCCGGAAAAGCUCAAUAUUGGCUGUAGCGGUAGAAAAUGGAAGUGUGGAGAUUGUGAAAAUGUUGAUCGAUCAAGGUGUCGAUGUCAAUGCAUUUUCCGAGGCUUACGCUGGAUGUCUAGAAACACCACUGUUCUCUGCCGUCAAAAUCGGUCACACCGAUAUUGUGCACUUGUUAUUGCACCAUGGCGCUGACCCAAACCUAGCCGAUUUUGCAAACAGGACCCCGCUUUAUAUGGCCAUUAUGGCAAAUCGAGAAGAAGAAACGCUAACUCUCAUUAAUGCUGGAGCAAAUUUGAAUUCUGCUGAUAAGAGCGGGCUCACGCCGCUACAAAUCGCGGCUCGAGGAUUUGGUCGCGAGAUGCUGGUGCUUCACUUGAUCAAUCAUGGAGCGUACAUCCAUCAGGCUGAUUUUAAGGGCCGGACUGCGAUGGACCUAGCCGUGAUCGCCGGAAAUGUCUGCAUUUUGCAGCUUCUCCUCGAUGCAGGGGCGGUUCCGGGAAAACUUCUAACAGAAAGAAUUUCCAACCUUCUGGCCCAUCCAGAAGUGGAAGAUUUCUGUGCCGAGAAAGCGCUGAAAGCCCGGCGUCGAGUGCUACCAGCAGAGAUUUUGGUCGCCAGGAGAUUACGAAACACCCUCAUCGAAAAUGAGCGCUCCAAAAAGUCCCAACGAAGCAUAUGGACCCAUAUUGACGAACUGCCACUGCCAGAAAAUGUGAAACUGAAUCUAAAAAUUCAUGUUAGGAUUGAUGGAUUU